CAUCAAGCAUAGAUGAAUGCAGGUGUCUUCAAAAUUUAACAUUAGACUUUAACAGAUUCAGUGGCACCAUUCCAAGGAGUAUUGGAAAUUUAACAAGGCUCAGAAUGCUAAACUUGGGUGGAAAUAAUUUGGCAGGUGAGAUCCCUUCUGAAAUUGGAAAUCUUUUGAGCUUGGAGAUAUUUGCUGCCCAAAAUAUGAGCCUUGUUGGUCCAAUGCCAGCUUCCAUUUUUAACCUUUCUUCCUUGAAAGAAAUUUCUCUCUAUAACAAUAGUGUCUCUGGCAGUAUUCCCUCAAAUAUUGGUGCUUGCAGCAAUCUUCAAAAGUUAUCAUUAUCUUUUAAUCGGUUCAAUGGAUUCAUUCCAAGAAGUAUAGGAAAUUUAACCAAACUUGAGGAGAUAUAUCUAGGUGAUAAUGAUGUAGAAGGUAAGCUUUUGCAUUUGAUUAUUUAGAUUUCAAUUGAUUGAUAUUU